CUGUCCGCGCCUGUGCGACAGCACCCUCCGGCCGUUUGCUCGCGAUGCCCCUGCCGCGCGGUGACGUCACCGCCCUGCUCCUGGGGCCCCCGGGCGCCGGGAAGUCCGCGCUGGUGGCCGCGCUCUGCAACAAGGACGUGGACGUGGUAGAGAUCCCCGACGGGCGGCCGGACCCCGGGCUCCCCAGCCUGCGAGCUGCGGGCCCGGGCCUCUUCCUGGGGGAGCUGAGUUGCCCGCCCGCCGCGCCGGGGCCCUGGGCAGCGGAGGCCAACAUGUUGGUCCUGGUGCUGCCCAGCCCCGAGGACACCGACGAGCCCUUGGCCCCGGCGCUGGGGGAGGCGGCGCGGGCCGCGCUGGCCCGAGGAACCCCGCUGCUGGCUGUGCGGAACCUCCGUCCCGGGGACCCCCAGGAUGAAGCCCAGGCCCGGGAUCAGACAGCGGCCCUCCUGGCCAGCGCUGGGCUGGGCGCCGUGCCGCUCUACGUGCUGCAGGCGGACUGCGAAGGCGGCUGCGAGGAACUGGAGCGCCUGCGGGCAACGCUGCGGAGCCAGGCGGAGGCACUGCAGAGGCUCCUGCCGCCGGCUCAGGACGGCUUCGAGGUGCUGGGAGCAGCCGAGCUGGAGGCUGUACGCGAGGCCUUCGAGAAGGGUGGCCUGGAGGCGGCCCUCUCCUGGGUCCGGGCUGGCCUGGAGCGGCUGGGCAGCGCCCGGCUGGACCUGGCCAUAGCCGGCGCCGCCGACACGGGCUUCGUGCUGGGCAUGCUGCUUGGGCUGGACACGGGGGACCCGGCACCCACCGGGCCCACACCCUACCCCGCCCCGGAGCGCCCCAACGUGGUGCUCUGGACCGUCCCUCUGGGCUCCGAGACUACUGCUGCCGCCCCCCACCCAGCCCACUACGACGCCCUCAUCCUGGUCACCCCCGGAGCCCCCACCGAGGAGGACUGGGCCCAGGUCCGGCCCUUGGUGCUGCCGGACGCCCCGCUGGUCUGUGUGCGAAUAGACGGCGAGGGCGAGGAUCCGGAGUCUCUGGAGGAAGAGGAGAAGGCCGAGAAGCCCAGCAGGGAGGAGAGCUUAGAGAAGGAGGCACGCAGCGAGGGAAGGGACCAACGUGGCCCUGGAUCGCAGAAAGCAGGCGAGGGGGAAGGUUCGGGGAAAGCAGGCGCUGAGAGUUUGCAGCAGGUCGGCGGCACCGCGAAGCAGUCGGGCGGUGGGGACUCUGAGCCCGCGGCUGCCUGGAGCCCUGAGCUCCAGGACGACACGUGGGAGGUGCUGGAGGAGGCGCUGCCGCCCGUGUUCCCGCUGCGGAGGGGCGGGCUGCCCGGGCUCUGCGAGUGGCUGCAGCGCGCGCUCCCCGCGGCCCAGGCGGGCGCGCUGCUGCUGGCGCUGCCCCCCACGUCCCCGCGCACGGCCCGAACCAAGGCCGCGGCGCUGCGGGCCGGGGCCUGGCGGCCGGCGCUGCUGGCCAGCCUGGCGGCGGCGGCGGCACCGGUGCCCGGGCUCGGCUGGGCCUGUGACGUGGCGCUUCUGCGGGGUCAGCUGGCAGAGUGGCGGCGGGCGCUGGGGCUCGAACCCGCAGCCCUCGCUCGGCGCGAGCGCACGCUGGGCUUGGCUCCUGGGGAGCUGGCCAAGCGGACGCACUUCCCCGGCCCCGUGACGCGCGCCGAAGUGGAGGCGAGGCUGGGCGCGUGGGCCGGCGAGGGCACCGCAGGCGGCGCGGCGCUGGGGGCGCUCUCCUUCCUGUGGCCGGCAGGGGGCGCAGCGGCCACGGGCGGCCUGGGCUACCGCGCGGCCCACGGCGUCCUGCUGCAGGCGCUGGACGAGAUGCUGGCUGAUGCGGAGGCGGUGCUGGCACCCCACGCGCCUGCUCAGUGAGAGGGGGCAUGAAGGCCGGGGCCGCCGGGGUGCUCCGCCAGGGGCUGAGGACUCCCAAGUCCGGUUUAGAGGAAGGGGUUGGGGGGCUCCAAACUCUGGCCUGGGAUGCCUGGGCCUCAGGUAACAGAGCAAGUAUGUCGCCAGUCUGAAUCCUGGAUGCUUGAGGGGGGUGAGACUGGCUGUUGGUUGGGUUAUGUGGCUUCUAGUCUCCCGGAUUCCUAGAUCUCGAAGGGGAAUGGAAUCUGGGAGUCAGGACUCCUGCUUUCUCUGGGCAUCCUGGGGCAGGACCCCUGGACUUGAGUCUUGAAGGGAGUUGAGCAGUUGGACUCUAGAAGGGAGUAGAUCCUGCAUGUACCGGCCAUCUAAUCCAGGGGGAGGUGGUGUGGAAGCCCUGAUUCCUGGUGAGGGACUCGUCCCUCGUAUUGGGGGUUCCAGGAUGUGGGAAGGGAUCUGGGUACUCCAGGGACUUCUACGGCACAAAGGGAUGUAGGGCGUAGGCUUUCUAGGGGAAGGAUGUAGUGGGCUUUGAAUUUUCAUGGGGUAGGGGGAGGGCAGUCUCGGGGUUCUCAGACUCCUGGCUCCCAAGAGGGACCUCGGUUCCUGACUCCUGAUGGUGGGAGGUCUGCGUCUAGAGGAGGGAGCAGGGUGUGUGACAGCCAGAAACCCUCCGCGGUCGGGGAGGAGAGGGACGUUCAGUAUUUGCUCCUGGGGAAGGGGGGCCACACAAAAAUGAGGGGAGGAGGUAAGGGGCCUGGUGGCCUCUGGGGGUGGUCAGACACCAGGAAUGAGGCUUUCUGGCAGGAACCCGUACCUCAGAGGUAUCUCCUGCAAAUCCGCUGGAAACGGCCCUCUCUGUGACUGACUGGGGAGGGGUAAGACCGCCCCAUUUCAUAGGUGCUGAGUGACGGGAGCUCUCUGGGAGUCUGCUCCUCUCUGUCCCACUCUCCCUUAGGACUUGCUUUAUUCUGUCGUUAACCCUGAACCCUUUCUGGCCUUGGCAUUUUUGUUCACCUGCCUUUUUGCAGAAGCCGCUGUGCUGCUGCACUAAUCCAAGCGUUUCUGUGUGGGCUCCCUGGUGUACACAGGGAGUGCCACAGUGAGCACGGGACCCAGAAAACCACUGGGCAGGUGUCACAACCUGUGGGGAUGGGCCACGGUGAGGCAGAGGCAGAAGCCAUAUGCCUGCGAUGUUGUGGGCUGCACCUACACGUAGAGGCGCAGCCGCAGGUCACAGAAUUCUUGUGUCAAAAACAGCAAGUGGGGGGCGGGGCAGCAAGGAGGAGCUGAGAGGCCAUCCAGUAGAAGACUUCUGUGCUAGCUGGGGAGAGCAAAGCUCAGAGAGGGUAGAUUCCAGGCCCCACCGCACACACAGGCUCUGUGUGGCCUGGCCCCUGCCUUUGCUCACUCUCUGCCUCACCCCAUCCCCCAGCCAGCUUGCCAGAUCUUCCCUCCGAUGCCUGAGUGGGCCAUCGGACCUUGGAACUUGUGCAUUCUGCCUAAAAUUUCCAUGAGCGGCUCCUGUCAAUCAGGUCUCAGCUCAGAUGUCCCCUCAGAGACCUUCCCUGACCACUCUAACUGAAGCAGCGCGCGCACACACGCACCAAUAUUCAUCUCAACUGGUUUCCUUGUAAUUAUUACUGUAGACAAUUAUUUAUUUAUUUACCUGUUAUUAGCUAUUUUUCCCUUGUCUGUCUUGUUCUAUGCUGUACCCGCAGCACCCAGAAGAGUGCUUGACACACAGUAGGUGCUUAGUAAAUAUUUAUUACUUUAAUUUAUUAGAACUAGGACUGGAAAUGUAGAUUGUCAGUCUCUUGCCACAAGACAGGGAACAGGAUUGAGAUGAGGAGAGAAAGUGCCCGUCUGAGGACGGGGACCUGGGGAGCAAGCACAGCUUUGCCACCAUCACCCCGGGUGGCUUGGACCAGUGCCUUAUUUCCUCUGUGGAAUGGAAGUGCUGGAUGACAACCAUCACUUCCGAGACCCCAUUUUCUCUGACAGCUGGAGGCAAGGCUACCUGAUCGGAGGGGCAGGUGCUGGAGGGCUGGCUCCCUGUCUGCAGCUUGCACUCCCCCCACUGGCACAAUUGUCACAUUCAAGUUGAGAUGGUGAAGAUGGGAAAAGCAUUUGGCUCUACACGGAAUGGCUCCAGGCGUUGUCAAAGCUCUCAGUCUUAGGGGGAUACAAUUCUAUAACUCUAGGAUUGGACCAUCUGCUGAGUUUGGGGGUGACCUGGUGCAAGUCACUCAGCAAAUGGUGUCUGCCUUACUGGGUAUUGUGAGAAUUCAGUGUCUAUGUAAGUGCAUGCAUUCUCUCUAACAUGUCAACAUACUGCACUCCCCUCUGCCCCCGAAAAGCCAGGCACACUGGGAGCUCAAGGGGUAGUCUGGUUGUCCUUGUCCACAUGCCCUCAGCCCCAGGCAGCACCAAGAUGACUAUUCUGGUUACUUUUGCUCACAGAGUGCCCUGGUUUUCUGUCAUUUUGACACCAUCUCUGAUUUGGUCCUGUCUGACAUCUCUGCUCUCUGCUCCAAAUCCCCUUUGCCCUUAUGCCAAUAGGGAUCAUGCCAGAGAUCAUACCUGAGAAGGCAGGACCCAGUGUUGUUUGCGUGUGCCUGUUGGCGAGUGCUGGUUGUGUUCCUGUAUAUAACUUUGUUGGUGGUACUGUCCAGUGGCACAACUACCUUCCGGAGUGGUUGCCUUUUAAAUCAUGACUUUGGGUGGCAUUUGACUUUUAGACUUCGUGGAGGCAUAGGUUGCCAGUGCGUUAUCUGUCUGGGCAUCCAGCAGAAAAGACUGCGUCUCCCUGUGGACAGAUCACUGGCUGCCAUGGGGUGUGUCUACGUGGCACCUUCAGCCUGAAGACCCUCAGAGACAAGAAUUCAGGAAAUGCACGAUGAAUCUCGGUGUUGCCACCCGCCAGAAACAGAAUAAGCACAGAGAACUGAGCAUUCAUCCCACCUCAGCACCUCUGCUGAGUUUCCUGCAUUUCUGGAUAAUGAUGGAAGGACUGAGUCCAUUGGGUGGAGAGCCAUCACAGGGUGAACGGAGGGUGUGGCUGGCCUGUGGUGGUUUUUUGGAGUGAAUAAAGCCGAGUAGAAAUGCC